AUGGAGACGGAGCAAAGCUGCGUGGAGACUUCGGCGACUCUCCGGGCGAUGAAAGAUCUGCUCCAGAAACCGGCUCACGGAGGUGAGGAUGCCCCGGUGAAGCAAGACGAAAUCGAUUACGUCGAUUUUGAGUUUGUGGACGUGAAGACAAAAGGGGCAAAAGCUGGGAAAGACUGUUGCUUUGGUUGGAAAAACCAAAUGUCUGUCCUUAUUGACAAGAGGAGCGCGGGAGCUCCGUGCGCAACGGGACCAACCCAUGAGCUGGCGAAUAAAGCAGAGAUUGAUUCUGAGAGGAAAGGGGGCUCCGGGGAUGAUAAACGUGCAGGAGCGGGCGAGGAGUGUCUCCCUGAUUCAUCAUCGUCAUCAGUUCCUCAUUGUCUCAACGCAAAGUCAGAGGGUCGUCUCGAAUCAGGAGACCGAAGCGAGCGCGCUAUUACGCAGCCGGAUGUGUCCAAACCCGAGGACUUGAAGACAGAAAGAGAUGGUGAAUUACACUGUGAUGACAAUUAUCUGAGUGGGAGAAGUGAGUCGGGUGAUUACAAUGAUGAUGAAGAGGAGGAUAGUGUUAGUUUGGUGCUUUCUGAUGACUGCGUCCCGUGCGUAACCGAUGACGAGUCUCAUUACAUUACCACACACGAGAUUCAGCUCUCUGAGCUGUCUGACCACGGGGGUGACUACGACCUUGGGGCGGGCUCCUCCACCAGCUGGGACAUUGAGGAUAACAACCAGGUGUACACCUUUGUCGAUUAUGCUUCGUUCGACGGAGACGGGGCGACGGGGGAGAGGGGGGCCGGCGGCCAGCCUCGCUCUCAGGGCGCAGCAGCAACAGUCAGCACUCUGCUUGAAAGUGAUCCGUGCGACGCGGCCAAGAUCACCAGCUCAGAUGAGAGUGUGUCAAAGCCCCAGAGGCAGCAGCACCAGCAGCAGUGCAGUGGAAACAGUGGGGGGCAGAUCCACCUGUCAAUCAGGGCCACUUCUCGCGCUAUAAAUGACCCUGGCAACAUCCAAGAGCAUGGGAAUAUUCUUUAUCAUACCGGGCGCUCCGGAGACCUGGGUCGCUAUGUGUUAAGGGGAGUUGAUGGGAAGACAGAGACGCUGUGUGACAGGGCGAAGUGUUUCAUAGCUGUGCCAGGACGCGUGCACUUUGGCGGCAAAUUAAAGGGGAAAGAGGUCACUGAGUAUUCCAGCGGUGCGUCCAGCGCCGUCAGCGAGCUGGACGACGCUGACAAGGAGGUGCGCAACCUGACAGCCAGAACCUUCAAGAGCCUGGCUUACCCUUACUUUGAUGCCAUCAAUUUCAGCACCUCCAGCGAGUCCUCUGCAUCAGAGCACGGCAUAGGGAUAAACAGGUGGUCCACGUUUGUUGACCUGAAAUAUGGCAACAUGAACAUGUCACAGGGACUGGACCAAAUAGGUGUUUCCCACCCAAACUCGACGGCCUCCUUUGAAAUAGCAAAAAACAUAGAAAAUAGAGGUUAUAAGGACAUUGCACUGGCAAGCAUCAAACCGCCCCCCGGCAAGAUUUUCACUCUGAGUGAAAACCCCCAUGGUGCGUCGUCUUCCACCAAGAAAAUAGAGCUGAUGGGGAAAUUCAGUCAGGGUCACAGUGGGGUGAUACGACUCACGGAGACCCUGAAUUUUCGAUGCAAUGUGAAAUCGGGAAUGUCUGGUGGAGAAAGGCGCACGAACUUUGCAGAAAACGCCGCAGGAUCACGUUCCACGGAUGAAGUUACCAACAGCUUGCAAAGCAGCCAGAAGAGAGUGGCCAGCAAGCCGCCCUUUAAAACCAUGGAGGACACGCACAAGAAAGCCAUAUUUGCAUCGAGCCUGAUCAAAAAUGUGAUUUCUAAGAAGAUGCAGUUCGAGCAGGAGCGCAAGAUGGAAAGGGGGGAGAUCAGCGAGUCGCAGCGGGCGCCUUCUCCGUGCUGUGUGCAGCAGGAGAGCGACAGUCACCAGGGGAAGGGGAGCAGGGAGCUGCAGCGGCAGAGCUCCAGGUUCUCAGAGAGCAGCUCCGACUACGCCAUAAUGUGCGUGGAUGAAUUAGGGGACCUUGUGGACAGCGGCUCGUGCGAUACCAGGAGCGACUCCCGGAGACAGGACGCGCCCGCUCCCGCACCAGAAACUAAUUUGGAGCCGGCAAACGAGGUUGGAACCGAUACUAAAAAAGGCGCAAUGGAAGCGUCCAGGAGCACGCUCCUCCGCAGCCAGAAUAGCGCGUUCAGAUGCUGGAGGGACGAGGAGCUAGAGUUUCAUAAGGAUCGUAAAAACGAUCAAACUUGGGAGGAGAAACCGCCGUCGGCUCACGACAGAGAGCGCGACGGGGAUCAGCGCACGGCGGGCAGCGGCAAACCCACCAAAAUGUCACAUUUGUUUGUGCCAAGUAUCCAACUGCUGCCCGGUGACGGAGAGGUCGGACAGCAGCUGCAGAGCCGGAGUUAUUCCCCGUGUGGCGAGGGAGGAGGCGUGAAACCGCGCUCCGACAACACUUUAAACGUCACGGACUCCAGGAGCGUGGCUACCUCCAGAUCUCCGGAAAUUAAAAUCAACUUGAGGAGCGUCAGGGACAACAAAGCAGAGCCUUUCGGCGUCUCCAAGCUGCGCGCUCCUAAUAUAGGCUAUAACGCGGCCAGCCACGCCAGAGCGGAUGACUUCAAAUGCCAGUCGCUGGCUGCAGCUCUGAAGGGUGAGUGCUCAGAUAAAGUGCCGCAUUUCAUGGUCAGAGACAUCAGAGACAAUAUAGGGAAACUACAGACUCCAAUUCACCAGGUGAGGGACGUGCGUAAACUCGUUAAAAGCUCCUAUCACUUUGUUUCUGUGGAUAACAAUGACACUAAAUCUAACACCGCAUCGGCUGACAACCAUCCAGAGCUAAUGAAGCAAACGCCCGGUCGAAAUCCCAAUUCUGUGUCCCCCAUAGUGAUAAAAUGUCAGUCUGUGAAUACAAACAAUAACGGAAAACAGUGUGGUGAUAUUGACUUGUCUAACCGGGAUCCCUUGGACAUUGACAGAGCGUCUCCAGAAGGCGCCAAAGGAGCUCUACUGCAGUGGGCAGCAGGGACAGCAGCAUCAAAUAAUUCCCCAGAGGGAGACAUUGGUUUGAGAAUUGAAAGCAGAAUGGCUUCAAAUAAACAGGAAAAUACAUCAGAUAUUACAGAUAAGAAACCCGAAUCCAAAAUGGCAAACCAGGGGGCUCUGGCAAAACUCCAGGCUGCCGUGAAGACCAUGGAGCAGCUCUAUGUGUAUGAGAAAAAUAAUUGGAAAAGGAAGAAUGAGCUGCAGCCCCUCACAGACAGCCACGUGCUCUCGAUGCUAGCUAGCGAGGGACGAGGAGGACCCGAGGAGGACGUAGGGAGAGGGUCCAACAUGUACCAGCCAUUGAGACGAGACUCCUAUCCCAACUUAACCAAGACACCACCCGCACGAACAGCAUCCCCUAGCGGUGAGAGCCUGCUGCAGCGGGAGGACAAAGACCCUCUCAAGGGAUUUCAGACAUCUGGUGGCCGUGAAGACAGGCUGUUUGCUAAGUCUGCGCAAACCACUGGAACCACAGGCAGCCCAAACAAGUUCAGCCUCAGCUCUAGCCUCAAAGCUUCUGCAGCCGCUAAGAUGACUCAGUCAAACGCAACUGCACAAACUCCUUACAGCACCAAAAACUUUGUCCCGAAGUCCCCCAAGCUGCCCGUGUCAUCAAAAAUCUGUCAGCAAAGGGGAAGCGGAAACGAUGGACCUCAAUCAAAGGAGGUGGACAGAUUUUCACAGGACAAUGAGAACUAUCUAACCAUUCCGGUGAAGUCUCAUGCCAGCAGCAGCAAAAAGCCCCCUUGUGGUGAUAGAACAUCUGUGUAUUCAUCCGCCGCUCAGUCACACCCAACCACUCCUCCAGGAUACUUUGGAUCUGGUGCACAGGGCCAUGAGGACCACAGUCAGACCCAUAAACGCUCCAGCAUCGUGAUGGAGACAUGCUCACCAGAGAUACCCUCUGCUACCAUCUACCACUCCUUACCACUGGGCAUGUCCCCCAGUCAGCCGCACGUUUACUGCUUCUCCCCGGCAGUCACCCCCGCUCCCACCAUGGACCCCUUCCAGGCCACCCAGCGGAAGAUGCUCCUGGAUCCCACCACUGGAAACUACUACCUGGUGGACACUCCUGUGCAGCCGGCCACCAAGCGCCUCUUCGACCCCGAAACAGGCCAGUAUGUGGAUGUGCCCAUGCCGCAGCCUCCCAUGACUCCGAUGCCCAUGCCAAUCUCACCAUUGGCACUCAGUCCAGGAGCAUAUGGACACACCUACAUGAUCUACCCAGGCUUCAUGCCCACACCCUCAAUGAUCCCGACCCGGACGCUGGUGCAGUCCCAGAUGUCGAUGCAGCCGGGGAUGGAGAGUGGCGAGAAAGCCAUGUCCCAGCAGACUGAGGGGAUGUACAUGGAGAGCCCCUACUACAUGGCAACUGGGAAGUCUCCCCAGGCGGCCACUGGUUCUCAACAGCAGGCCUAUACCAUCCGGCCGCUACAGGGCUACUCCGGCGUCAAGCAGCCGGUCAUCAGCAUUACAUCCCAACAGGGGCCCCGGAUCAUUGCCCCACCCUCAUUUGAUGGGACCACCAUGAGCUUCGUGGUGGAGCACAGAUAGACAGCAGCUCACCUGGACAGAACUGAAGUCUGGGUGGAUGCUGGACUGCUCCGGGUUCCGGGCUCUUCACUGGGCUGCAUCCUGUAUGCUUGUUUUAUCAGCUGGAGGGGGGGAUGGUGUCGCCGGUUUAUAUCAUUUGUACAAGAAGGUCUGUGUUCCUUGCUUUGUUUUAUCUCCUCACGUUGUAAAAAUAUUGGAAAGACUUUAUACUCAGGCCUAUAUUGCACAGACUCUGCUUGUAUGUAAUCACUCACUCCCAAUACUAAUCAGGGUUUAGUUCUGAUAAAAAAAAAAAAAUAAGAUUAUGUCAGGAUUAUGAAUAUGAUGUUUGUCGUGUAUUUUGGACAAUCCGAUUGGACAAGGCUCCAACAGAUGGAAACAAUUAUGAUAACCAUCUUGAUUUCAUUUUUAGGCCUCGUUAUAGCAAUGAACUAUGAACUGUCGGUUACUGCUGGAAUUUAAGUCAUGAAAUUACUUGCUGACUGGUUUGUGGUGACAGAUAUGUCAUUUGUGAUGCUUUUGUGUGCAUAAUGUAAUUUGUGAGUUUAAUCUGCACAGUGGUAGACAUACAACAGAUGUUUCACCAUGCUCCUGCAGACACACAGUUUGUGGAAGCCAUGAUGUGUUGUAUGGGAGCUUUUCUGUUUUCAUUCAGUGACCACAUGGAGGAAGUUUGUGUUUGUGGAAAGAUCCAGUUGGCUCAUUUAAAUUUUCCCUCUGUUUUCACUGGAAUGUAAGGAAUGUGAUUGUGCAGCUGCAGAAUUCACUCCAUCAGGUACAGCAAAGAGAGAGAACCAGUAACUGUCUGAUUUGCAAACUGGUUUUCAAUUCGCCCCCUUUCAACAUGUAUUUCCAUGUGUGUCACUGUUACUACAUGACGAUAUCGAAACUGAAUUAUUUGAUACUGAGUUAUUUGUUUGUAUGUAAUCAUUCUCAGACUGUGGACCUGCUGGACAGUCCAUGUUUUUCUUAAACUCUGAGACAACAGAGGUUUUAGAAUGUUCGCUGUAUUUGACAAAAGAGAAUAGAGAGAAGAUCAUGUGUCUCAUUUAGAAGCAGUUUGUGUCAACAGAUCCUGUUUUGAUUGUAUUUGAUAAGGCACACACAUUAAUAAGGUUUUCCUGACGUUUAAUUUUAGUUUCAGCUGCUGAAAUGUUAUGGUUUUCAAAUUGAUUGUGGAUCCUCCCCUCUGGACUGGAGGCCGAUUUGUUAGCAACAAAACUAAUCCAAGAUUUUAUAAAUUGUAUAUGAUGCACGUGUCCUGAUACUAUAAAUUAAGGUAAGCUUUAUAAUCUACUUUCCCAGUUAUUUUGCAGUUAACUGAUUAGCUCACUGUUCUUGCUGAUAGGUUGUUCAAUCAUUUAAUCAUAAAAUGGUAAAUCCUUCCAGUAGCUUUUAUUCUGCCUGUUGCAGCACUUUUCUUGUGAUAUUUCAGCAGUUUUUGAACGAACACGAUUAUUAACACUUUUACUUCAGUAACAGCGACAUGUGUGUAUACGUGUAAAUACUUUUUUUCACAGGUUUCAUGGAGUACCUGGUGCCAGGAAGCAUCCCUGAAUGAUUUUGGGACUUUAGCUGUUUCAGGGUUUUGUGCAGAGUCGGGGUCACUGGACCACUCUGCUGCUUUGAAACUAUUACAUGAACCUUGUGGACAGACAGUAAAUCAGGGUAAAGUAGGUAGGUUUGUCAUGGAAAGGAGAGGUGAGGAUGUUAGAGACUAUUGGAAAGAAGUGGUGAGCACACGUGAGGUGAAGAGGUCGAGAAAGAGAAAUGUUCACCUUUAUGAUGUAUUUUUUUCCACUUAGAGUCGUUUUGCAAAUGUACAGUGUUGUCAAAAGUGUGUCACAAAUACGGAAUGCAAUAUUACAUUAGUAUGCUGUUGGUAAAUGUGUUUGUGCGUCUUUGAAAUUGAAUAAACAUGAGACCCUUUUUGCAAA